AUGUCGCCGAACAUUCUCUUGGUUUUUAUUUUGUCACUGGCAAACGCGAUCAUAUAUCCAGAUUGGCUCCAUUUUCCGGGAAGUCCAUGCUCAAAAGAGUGCUAUGAACCUGAAUGUUCAGUCUUAUGUCAAGGAUAUGACAGUUUCGCAAAGUGCAUCAGCCACCAAUGUAAUGCAAAGACUAUAGGUAAUUCAUCGACAGCACAGUGUUUUGACGACAACUGUACUGCAACUUGUGAGGGGAUGGCGUGCACGACUUACUGUAUGGGCGAUAACUGUACUUCAGCUUGUGAGGGAGUGGCGUGCAAGUCUUAUUCUAUGGGAGUCACAUCCACGGUGGAGUGUUCUGGAAACAAAAGUAGAGGAGUUUGUAAUGGCCCUAAAUGUGUUUCUUCAUGCGACGGGGAUAGCUGCAUAGCAGAGUGCAUUGGGGAAGAAUGCGUGGCAGAGUGCACCGGACAACGUUGUUGGAAAAAAAAUAUUCAUUCAACAUUCGGG